AUGGCGGAAGGAGGUGAGCGAGAGGAGCUGCUCUCGCCACCGCCGGUCUCUCCGGCCAAGCGCCUGUGCUCGUGGCCCAGUCCGCAGGCUCACCACCCUCGCGGUUCGCCCGGGGCGGCCGGCGGCGGGGUGGGGGGCGUCGGCGGCAGCUGCCUGCCCCUGGGGGCCCGUCCCCACCUGCAGCCCGAGUCCUUGCUGGACUGUGCCGCCAAGACGGUUGCGGAAAAGUGGGCGUACGAGCGGGUGGAGGAGCGCUUCGAGCGGAUCCCGGAGCCCGUGCAGCGCCGCAUCGUCUACUGGUCCUUUCCGCGGAAUGAGCGGGAGAUCUGCAUGUACUCCAGCUUCCAGUACCGCGGCGGCCCUGGCGCCGGCUCGGCUGGAGGCGCCGUGGGGGCUUCGCCGGCCGAGGAGGGGCCGCCGCCACCCCCCGGGGCCGCCGCUCCGGCCGGCUCCGCCCCCGGGGCAGCCGCGGCGGGGGCGUCCCCCGGACUGGGCUCAGGGGCAGGAGCCACCGGCGGCGGUGGUGGCGAGGGGCUCCCGUUCCGCCGGGGCAUCCGUCUGCUGGACAGCGGCUCCGUGGAGAAUGUGCUGCAAGUCGGCUUCCAUCUCAGUGGCACAGUAACUGAGCUGGCCACUACUUCUGAACCAGCAGUGACUUAUAAAGUUGCCAUCAGUUUUGAUCGAUGCAAAAUCACUUCAGUGGCGUGUGGCUGUGGGAACAAAGACAUAUUCUACUGUGCCCAUGUGGUAGCGCUCUCACUCUACAGGAUCCGUAAACCAGACCAAGUCAAACUGCGUCUUCCUAUCUCAGAAACCCUUUUCCAGAUGAAUAGGGACCAGCUACAAAAGUUUAUUCAGUAUUUAAUCACGGCACACCACACUGAGGUUCUUCCUACUGCACAGAAGCUGGCAGAUGAGAUUCUAUCCUCCAACUCCGAAAUCAACCAAGUAAACGGUGCCCCUGACCCCACAGCUGGGGCCAGCAUUGAUGAUGAGAACUGUUGGCAUUUGGACGAGGAACAGGUGAAAGAACAAGUGAAGCUCUUUCUCUCCCAGGGUGGUUACUAUGGCUCUGGAAAGCAACUCAAUUCAAUGUUUGCCAAGGUUCGAGAGAUGCUGCGGAUGAGAGAUUCCAAUGGAGCCAGGAUGCUGACGCUAAUAACUGAGCAGUUUAUGGCUGACCCACGACUCACACUCUGGAGGCAGCAAGGAACAACCAUGACAGAUAAGUGCAGGCAGCUCUGGGAUGAGCUAGGGGCGUUAUGGGUGUGCAUCAUUUUAAAUCCACAUUGCAAACUGGAGGAAAAAUCCUGUUGGCUGCAGCAACUGCAGAAGUGGAAUGACCUGGAUGUCUGUCCCCUGGAGGAUGGGAACUAUGGGCAUGAGCUGCCCAACAUCACCAACGCACUUCCCCAGAAUGCCAGUCACCGUUCAGAUUCUUUAUCCAGACCAAGACGGACAGUGUUCACUAGAGCCAUCGAGGGCCGUGAAUUGCAUUGGCAGGACAGCCACUUACAGCGAAUAAUCAGCAGUGAUGUAUAUAUAGCUCCUGCCUGCCAGCAGGAAAGUGAGAGACUACUCUUUAAUUCCCAAGGCCAGCCACUGUGGCUUGAGCAUGUGCCUACAGCCUGUGCUCGGGUUGAUGCCCUGCGUUCCCAUGGUUACCCAAAAGAGGCCCUCAGACUCACAGUGGCCAUUAUCAAUACUCUGAGGUUGCAGCAGCAACGGCAGCUGGAAAUCUACAAGCAUCAGAAGAAAGAACUGUUGCAGAGAGGAACCACAACGAUCACAAACCUAGAAGGCUGGGUGGGCCACCCCCUGGAUCCCAUUGGCUGCCUGUUUCUCACUUUGACUGAGGCCUGCCGCCUGAAUGAUGAUGGCUAUCUGGAAGUGUCAGAUAUGAAUGAAAGCAGAGCCCCUGUGUACCAGCAUGUGCCUGUGGCUGCAGGCUGCCCAGACAGCAGUGAGUCCUACCUGUCAUUGGCCAUGGAAGUUGCUCUGAUGGGGAUGGGUCAACAGAGGGUGAUGCCUGAAGGCCUCUACGCACAGGACAAGGUGUGCCGUAAUGAGGAGCAGCUCCUGAGUCGACUCCAGGAGCUGCAGCUGGAUGAUGAGCUAGUGCAAACACUGCAGAAGCAGUGCAUCUUACUCCUGGAAGGAGGCCCCUUCAGCGGUCUGGGAGAAGUCAUCCACCGAGAGAGUGUUCCCAUGCAUACCUUUGCCAAGUAUUUGUUCUCAGCUCUACUGCCUCAUGAUCCAGACCUGUCCUAUAAAUUAGCCUUACGUGCCAUGAGGUUACCUGUUCUAGAAAACUCAACUUCUGCAGGCGACACUUCCCACCCUCACCAUAUGGUAUCUGUGGUGCCCAGCCGUUACCCUCGCUGGUUCACGCUUGGACACUUGGAAUCACAGCAGUGUGAACUGGCCUCCACCAUGCUGACUGCUGCCAAAGGAGACACUCUGAGGCUCCGCACAAUCCUGGAAGCAAUACAGAAGCACAUCCAUUCUUCCUCCCUCAUCUUCAAACUGGCCCAAGAUGCAUUCAAGAUUGCUACACCCACGGACAGUAGUACAGACAGCACCCUGCUCAACGUGGCCCUGGAGCUGGGGUUACAGGUGAUGAGGAUGACCUUAUCAACCCUUAACUGGAGGCGCCGGGAGAUGGUGCGGUGGUUGGUGACAUGUGCUACAGAAGUGGGUGUGCAGGCCCUGGUGAGCAUCCUGCAGAGCUGGUACACACUCUUCACCCCCACCGAGGCUACCAGCAUUGUGGCUGCCACAGCCGUAUCCCACACCACUAUCCUGCGCCUCAGUCUUGACUAUCCACAGCGGGAGGAGCUGGCUAGCUGUGCUCGCACGCUGGCCCUGCAGUGUGCUAUGAAGGAUCCACAGAGCUGCGCCCUAUCGGCCCUUACACUUUGUGAGAAGGACCACAUCGCCUUUGAAGCAGCCUACCAGAUUGCCAUCGAUGCUGCUGCCGGCGGCAUGACUCACUCACAGCUGUUCACCAUCGCCCGCUACAUGGAGCUCCGUGGCUACCCGCUACGUGCCUUCAAGCUGGCCUCACUGGCCAUGAGCCAUCUCAACCUGGCCUACAACCAGGACACCCACCCGGCCAUCAACGAUGUGCUCUGGGCGUGUGCCCUCAGCCACUCCCUGGGCAAGAAUGAGCUGGCGGCCCUGAUUCCCCUGGUGGUGAAGAGCGUGCACUGUGCCACAGUGCUCUCAGACAUCCUACGGCGCUGCACGGUCACUGCACCUGGCCUGGCCGGCAUCCCAGGCCGCCGCAGCUCGGGAAAGCUUAUGUCCACCGACAAAGCUCCCCUGCGCCAGCUGCUGGAUGCCACCAUCAAUGCCUAUAUCAACACCACACACUCGCGCCUGACACACAUCAGCCCUCGCCACUACGGAGAGUUCAUUGAGUUUCUGAGCAAGGCCCGGGAGACCUUCCUGCUGCCGCAGGAUGGCCACCUGCAGUUUGCCCAGUUCAUCGACAACCUCAAACAAAUCUACAAAGGCAAGAAGAAGCUGAUGCUGCUGGUGCGAGAGCGCUUUGGCUGAGAGAGCAGAUGGUUCGCUGCUGGGGCAUCCUACGCUCCCAGGUACCAUCCGGUCAGGCCAAGGACACAAACAUUUGUCCACCCUGAGAGGACUCUGAGCACCUGUGGCUGAAGCCAGAGGACCACAGGGCUAAGCAUGGGGAGAGUCCAACUCUAGCCAACAUGCCUUGUCAAGGUUCUCGCAACAGCCCACUGUUCCUGGAGGAGCUGGGCCCUGCAGACCAAUCAGAAACCCCACACAUGCCACCUCACGCCCUGCUAUCCUGCGUGUCCUGGGCGUUGGCCCUGUCUCCUUGGCAAACACAGAACACUGUUCCAUCUCAGGGAUUGCUUAACCAGAGAAACAGAAGCAUUUAUGGUACUGUAAAUACUAUAGUAUAUGUGUUGCCAAUUACAUUGUAAAAUUGUAACUAUUUAUAAUUCUGGUUCUAAUUUGAUGGGUAGCUGUGGGUGGGAAGAUAGGCUUGUUUUCUGAGGAGAUUCACAACCAUUUCUCAGGUUUCCCUUGCAGAGUAUAUGCUAUUGGCAGUGGAAGAGUGGGGGUGGCAGAGAGAAAAAUGGCCAUUAGAGUAAACCCCAAGUCUAGUCUAUGCAGAAACCCCGGCCUGCAGAUGGGCAUUGACAGCCCGGUGGUGGGUGAGGGGCAGGGCCCCGUCUUGACUUAGACUUUCACCUCACGAAGCCAUGAGGACACAGAAGCUCUUGCUCCUGCCUCACACAGCCUCUCUCUCUGGGGGCCUGCCGAGCUCCUGAGAAACAAGGGCGGGGAGAAGGUGAAGGUCUGGGAGGCCACUGGGCUCAUAAUGUUCAUCUACUCUGGUCACCUUUGUGUUAGAGAGCAUCUGGUUUCAUCUCUCAUUAUACUUGUGUGUGUGUGGAUCUGAAUGGCUACGUACGUGCAUCUGUGCGCAUAGAUAUAUCUGUGCAUGCCUGUAUGUGCACAUGUAUAUUUAUGUGUAUCUGUGUCAGGUCUGUGUCUGUGUGAAGACAUGUCUGUGUACUGGAUGGUGGGUUUCUGUGUGAGGGUAUACACAUUUGUGAACAUAUAAAAAUACAUAUCUGUGUGUGUGUGUUGAUGUUUGUCGAUGCAUGUGUAGUGUUUGUGUAUCUGGGCACACCUAAGUGCAUGUGUAUAAACAUGUCCAUGUCUGUGUGUAACUGUGUAUAUUUCCACAUGUAGCUUUGUCUGUGAAUUCAUGUUUGAGGAUCUGCAUGAAUGUGUCCCUUCUCUUUUUGCCAGAUCUCUCAUCCCCAUUUCUCUUAUUCUCUCACCAGCUAAACAUGUUCCACAUCUCUGUGCCUCCUUUAUUCACCAUUGUCUCACCAAACAAGCUUCUAAGCACUAGUCUCCCUCUGCCCUGAGUGGCUCCUUCAGCGCCACAUUUCUCUUCUUACCCUGUACUUGCUUUCUUCCCCUGCCUUUCUACCUCAAGCUUCUUCUGCCUGCUUCUGUCACAGUCCCAUUGGUCAUUGGUUUGGAGGCUGUGGCUGGAAUGCAUUUGGCCUUUUCCUUUCUGACUAGUUUCUAGCUCUAGUGGGCAACCCCUGUCUUAGCCCUGGCUGACCUCCACAGUGUAUCGUGUUCCUGCUACCCUCCUGACCCCUCUGCUCAGCCUGGAAUUGUAAUAGGAGGUAGCACAGGCAUUCAGAAGUGUCAUUUAGAUGCCAGUGUCUUGGUGGUUACUGUUUCAUGUUUUAGUUCCCGAGUAGGGGGUGGG